AUGUUUGAUCGUGGGCCAAAUGUAGGCGUUGAAGUAAUUACCAAAGACGGCUUUGUAUUGUCCAACAAUGUGCAGAUUCAAGACCCUUUGGUUCUGUUGAAUGGAUCUGCUUUUCUUUGGCGGGUUCCACACGAUGCGCUGGCGUAUGGCAAGAAGGAGCCGUUUGAUCUCGACGCGUUUAAGAUAUUCGAAGUGGCAGCGCCAAAGCCAGAAUUGAUUUUGUUUGGAACGGGUAAGGAUUUCGUACCGUUGCCACAAGAAGUUCGACAGUAUUUCUAUAACCUCGGUAUACAAGUGGACCAGAUGAACACGAAAAACGCGGCUGCAACAUACAACGUCCUAGCUGAAGAAGGACGACGCAUCGCAUUAGCGUUAUUGCCUACUGGCUCAUCAAAACAACAAUAA